GGUGCGCGCCUGGGCAGGGGUGAGGUCCAGGGCGUACGGAGCCCGGAGCAGCUGCCGCAGCUGCCGCGGCGACUCUCGGAGGAGAGGGAGAGGAGAAAAUGGACUUCGCCCGCUUCUGGCUAGGGCUGCUGCUGCCUUUGGUAGCCACGCUGGAUUUCGGCUACCACCACCAGAAGGACAUGGAAGAGUUUUUGAAGAGCGUGGCCCAAAACUACAGUUCUAUCACUCGUUUAUACAGUAUUGGGAAAUCCGUGAAAGGCAGAAAACUGUGGGUUCUUGCUGUGGGCCGCUUCCCAAAGGAGCACAGAAUUGGGAUUCCAGACUUCAAAUACGUGGCCAACAUGCACGGAGAUGAGACUGUUGGGCGGGAGCUGCUGCUCCAUUUAAUUGAACAUCUCGUAACCAAUGAUGGAAAAGAUGUUGAAAUCACGAAGUUAAUCAACAGUACCCGGAUACACUUCCUGCCUUCAAUGAACCCAGAUGGAUUUGAAGCUGUCGUAAAGCCUGACUGUUUUUACAGUAUUGGAAGGGAAAACAGUAACUACUAUGACCUGAAUAGAAACUUCCCAGAUGCUUUUGAAUUUAAUAACGUGUCCAGGCAGCCUGAAACUGCGGCCGUCAUGGAGUGGCUGAAAACGGAGACGUUCGUCCUCUCUGCCAACCUCCAUGGCGGCGCUCUGGUGGCCAGUUACCCGUUUGACAAUGGUGUUCCAGCAACUGGGACGUUAUACUCCCAUAGCAUAACCCCUGAUGACGAUGUUUUUCAAUACCUUGCACAUACCUAUGCUUCAAGAAAUCCCACCAUGAAGAAAGGAGAUCAGUGUAAAAAUAAAAUGAACUUUCCUAAUGGAAUCACAAAUGGCUACUCUUGGUAUCCACUCAAAGGUGGAAUGCAAGAUUACAACUAUGUCUGGGCCCAGUGUUUUGAAAUUACGUUGGAGCUGUCAUGCUGUAAAUAUCCUCAUGAGGAGAAGCUUCCAUUCUUCUGGAAUAAAAACAAAGCCUCAUUGAUUGAAUAUAUAAAACAAGUGCACCUAGGUGUAAAGGGUCAAGUUUUUGAUCAGAAUGGAACUCCAUUACCCAAUGUAAUUGUAGAAGUCCAAAACAGAAAACAUAUCUGCCCUUACAGAACCAACAUAUUUGGAGAGUAUUAUCUCCUUCUCUUGCCUGGGUCCUACAUAAUAAAUGUUACAGUCCCUGGGCAUGAUCCGUACCUCACAAAGGUGGUUAUUCCAGAAAAUUCCCAGAACUUCAGUGCUCUUAAAAAGGAUAUUUUACUUCCAUUCCGAGGGCACCUGGAUUCUCUCCUAGUAUCAUAUCCUUCAUGCUCUGAGACUCCUCUAUAUAGUGACUUGCCACGCGAUUCAGCUGCAACAAAGCCUGGUCUGUUCUUAUUUUUAGUGACUGUCUUUCACGUAUUUGUCAAAUAAACCAAAAUGUGAAACAUAACUCCCAUCACCACCUGGAAUCAGGGAUUACUCAUGCCAGGUUACUGCAACUCUCAGCUCCCUCUGUGGGACCCUGACUGAAUAAACUCCACAGCCCUUCCUAAGAAGAGAAAUGGUUGUUUCCAAAUCACAGCAAACUAUGUGUGGUGAUAACAAAAGGAAUGACAUAGUCUUGAUGAAUGGAAGACGCCUACCUUUCAAGUACUGUCCACUGAUGCUCAAUCUUGAAGUUGUCUUAGAAAGUUGUAAGCAAAACUUGAGAAUCAAGACAUAAGUUGCUGCAAGAAAAAAAUGGAGCUAAUUUUGUAUACAGAGAGCCAGAUGAAUAUAAACAAUGAAGAUGAACAUUCAUUGAUUGCUUACUAUAUAUAAAACCUUGUAAAUGCUAGAUGUGAGGAUAUAUAGUAAGUGCCAAAUAUGAUUAAUUCUCAGCACAUGGAGAAAUGAUAGCACUGGAAAUAUUUCAUUUCACAGAUGUUCUGAGGAAAUAGGAGAGAACAUCGGCAAAGCUGUCUCAGUGGCCCACAAAAACAGGGCCUGAUGGGAUGACAAGGUUGUAUCUAAAGAACCCCAAAAAAACAGGUCAGUUAAGUGUCCCUGCGUUUCUGCACUCAGAUGCCCCAUCAGAUAUGCUGAUGACACCCCAAUGUGUAAGUCCAGCCUCUUGCCAGAGCUUCAAACUCAAGUCCAACUUCCUGCUGUACAUAACCACCUGGAUAUGACCCACAGGUACCUCAAACACACAUAGAAAUCACACAUAUUUUUCUCCCUAGAGCUGCUCUUCCUCCUGUAUUUGUCCCAGUUACUGGUACCACCAGAUUAGAAACCUGAGACUCCUUGAUAGUUUCUUCUCCUCCCUCACCUCAUCCCAUAUAUUCAGUCAUUAAAGAUUGACGUUAAUUGUAAAUGUUGAUGGAUCUUCCCUCUCUCCAUGGCUAGUAACGUUGCCAAGUUUAGGCCACCAGAGCUAACUGGCACCACUGCAACAGCUGUCCUGGUCUCUCACGCCCAGCCUUCUCUUCAGGUCCAUCUUAUACAUGGCACUGGGGAAGACGGUCUACUCAA